CUCUCUCAAGCCCCCCCUGUUCCUGUCCCUGUUCCUGAUUUGAAACAACUCUUCGCUUCCUCAACUUUCUCCAUACCCAGACCUUGAAAUUGAAUACAUCUUGAACUAAAAGACCACCAAAAAUCCUCAACCCAGCAAUAAAAUUGAAAAUGCUUCUUAACCCUUCACAUAAGGUGACAUUCAGUGGCCUGCCGCCCGACAUCCUCGAUGCCUAUGUCCGUUAUAAAAAGGGCACACGAGCCUUAGUGGCCUGGUUCGUUUCAUACAGCAAUGCGCCGAAUCGGAAGGUCAAGAGUUUACCCAUCAAAGAGCUGGCAUCUCUAGCACAAGUGAUUGCCAGUUCAUUGAAACAGCUUCCAGAUGUCAUUCAUUUUCAUUUUCGUGAGACGAUCGCGGCUCGAAACAGACUCAGCAAGCAUUUUCGUGGAACUAUUGAUGCUUCUGAUGACGAGGUAGAUACUGUCAAUCAUGAACAUUUCACUUCGAGGUAAGUUGAUGUCCCUGUGGCAUCGGCAUCAUGCCUUUCAAGAUGGUGGGAGUGAAGCUUACUUCGACAAGUCUUUCUCGAAUCUAUGCCGACCUAUGUGUCUCCUGCGGGAAACCUGAACAUCAGCCAAGAGACCUGCGGCGGACUCGCAAGUCGUCUUUGAUCUCUGAAGGGGGCCUCAUCAAUCAUUAUGAAGCCUUGACUGUCCAAGACGUUGAAGACGUGGCAGAUGACUCGUCCGAGACUUCGAAUACUUCAGCUUCAGCUUCGACUUCACCUUCGGAGUGUUCAGAAUGCAUCGCAGUAGCUCCACCGCAUUGCGAUGGCUCAGGACUCGACGUCUUCUUGGCUGAUGAUGAUCUCGGUAGAGCUAUGGAAGUCACCGCAACAAUUCAACGUGCUCAAGACAUAGUCAACUCUGUCGAACGAUGCUGGGAGUCUGCGGGACAAGGUGAAAUCUCUUUUGUCACCGCUGCGUUCAUGACAAACGUUGGCUUCGCAUCUCUUCGUCGACUGGGCCUCGAGUUACUCGAACAGGACAUAAAACUCGACAUAUCAGACCUACAUCAGAUAUGCUGCAGUAUUGGCGGGAAAGACGGUCCUGAAUCGAGUCACCGCUUACUUGACACCCUUCAAGAAGUCGAGAGAUCACUAGGCCACUACCGAGAUGGACAUCAGCUUACACCCAUCUCGUCAUGCGCCUCCUGUGUACAAAAACCUGCUGAUUACAUCCAAUCACCUUCCAUCCAUAACCACACCCGACCCAAACUCCUCGAUGCCAUCAUCGACAACAUCAUCCAUUUAGUCGUCACCCCAUCCCCUCCAUCCAACAUUGUCCGAACCAGUACCCCCGUCUACGCCGACGUCGGCUAUUUCCUCACCCACCGUGAUCAAGAGCCCCAAUCCUGGUCUGCUAUCAUGGGCCUCCACCUCUUGAACCAAGGCUACAAAACCUACCUCUCAUCCACCCCGACUCCAAACCUCAUAUCCAAACAUCGCAUCACGGCCCUCCAACUCGCCCAACAAGCCCUCAGCCACGUCACAUCCAUUGUCAACGACAAAACCUGCUUCCCUUGCCGCUGCACCCAAACGCUAGGCUACCACCUCCAAACGCUCGAACACGACCUCCUCGACUUCAGCCGCCAUAAAUGCUGGGACCUAUAUUUCCAAUCUCCCUGGGUGGCCGGCACCCACGUAUUAGAAAUCCUGGAUCUAUGCCACUAUUACGGCAUGCGACUGAUUAAUUAUCGACAUUACGUGGGCGCCGUGCUACAUUCAUAUAAUGUCUUGCAGAAACUCGGCGGUCUGGAACAGAUUCCCGUGCUGGAAGAUCUAUGCGAAUUGUUUCACGAUGUGCUGUUCCCCGGUGGGGUCAGGCCCAGUUAUAGUUACCGUUCCUGUUGGGGAAGAUAUGUGGGAGCGAGAUUGAAGUUCAAAAAGGGCCAUAAGAAUAGGAAUAGUAGAGAUAGUUGGUGUAUGGCUAUCCCUGCGCAUGCGGCGAGACGGGCGGCCGGGUUGGGAUCGACUCGUGAGAGCGGACCGCAGCAAGGUCUGACGAUGGAUUGUUUGAUUUUCCGGUUAAUAAAGCAGGGGUAUCAUGUUGGUGAUGAGGAUUGGGGUUUACAGGAGGGUGAGAUGAAUGAUGCGGCGCAUGACUUGACGACGGUGGCGAGGAAUAUGCAGAUUCUAUCGUCGAGGGUGGAGGAGUCGAUUACUUGGUCUUCGUCAUCAGGAGGAGAAGGAGGAGGAGGAUCUCGACUUCCCAUGUCGCGACUCAAUCUGUUGGCUGUCUUUCAGAAAUGUGUCGAUGUGGUGAAGCGGCUAUCGGACGAAACGCAUACGGGAAAGGAUGAGCAAGGGAUUAAUUGCAUUUGUUUCGCAUCGGCCAUUCUGACGGGCGCGGACCGUAUCUCUGAGGCUCGUCGUCUCGGGAGGAUGGAGGCCUGGACUAAGAAUGAACGUGCCUGUAUUACCCAGGCGAAGGCUGUCAUCUCUGAUGUCUUUGCUGGUCUUUCUCCUGAUCAUCUUCUGUGGAAGAUAUGAGUGAGGCCUGUGGGUGGCUGACAUGGUCCAUGGUCGAUGGUGAAUGUCUGUUUGAUGGUUUGGAAAUGUCGAUGAUCAACGAGCUAUGGGUGUAUGAGGUUUAGCAUGACGUUUAGGAUGACGUUGUCGAUCGGGCAUGGCGACGUACGUGGUAGUGUUGAAUCAAGAUCUCGUAACGAUGUAUGUAGGUGCUCCUAUUUGGUUGAGCUACGUCGCGUAUCUGUGAAGACAUGGCACGGCUCUGGCCCAUUUCAACUAAAGAAUAAAACAUGAUUGACGAUGCA